AGCCCACCAGUACAUCUUCUUGAAAACACAUUAUCCGAUCACUAUUGUCAUAGAUAUAGCUUGGCAUAAUGGAGUCUGGAGAGGGUCUUAGGUCUAGACCUCAAGCUCUAAAAUCUAUCAGAACAAAGACAGCAGACAAAGGAAGAUUAGAAGAUGCAAAAGACAACAGUGAGUUGGUCGAAGAAGAGCCAUUGAGCCCAUCGGCUAGGUUGUUCCAUGAACCAAACUUCAAUGUCUACAUCAUAGCCAUCAUGGGUUGCAAAACCAAAAUUCACGAGGAUGUCGUUAGAGCCAACUUGAACCACACUUUGCUUAAGCACCCUCGCUUCUCUAGUUUGCAGGUUGAGGAUGAUAAAGGAGAUAUGAAAUGGGUUCGAACAAAAGUGGAUUUAGACAAACACAUAAGAGUCCCAGACCUAAAUCCCGACAUGGAAUCAGGUGACCAGUUUGUGGAAGACUAUGUCUAUAACCUCAGCAAAACAGCCAUAGACAGGUCCCAGCAGCCUCUCUGGGACCUCCAUCUUCUCAACGUUAAAACCUCAGAUGCAGAGGCUGUUGGCAUAUUCAGGAUCCACCACUCUCUUGGCGAUGGAACUUCCUUGAUAUCUCUUUUACUGGCAUGCACACGCAAAAUCACCGAUCCUGCAGCUUUGCCGACGGUUCCAGUGAAGAAGAAGAAGGAAAAAAGCAGUAACCCUUUGUGGCUUUCUCGGUGCUUCAUUUGGCUGUGGUGGAUUUUCCGCCUCUUUUGGCACACUGUCGUCGACGUGUUCAUGUUCAUAGCAACAGCUAUGUUCCUGAAGGAUACAGAGACGCCUCUCAAGGGCCCGCCUGGCGUCGAGUUCACCCCUCGGAGAAUCGUUCACCGGACGGUCAGUUUGGAUGAUAUCAAGUUAGUGAAGAACGCCAUGGACAUGACAGUCAAUGAUGUAGCUCUGGGAAUCACUCAGGCUGGUCUAUCCCGCUAUCUCAACAGGAAAUAUGGUAAUAAUCUUCCCAAAAACAUUCGCCUUAGAUCGACCCUUCUCAUAAACAUAAGAACAUCAGCAGGGAUUCAGGCUUUUGCUGAUAUGAUGGAAAAUGACACAAAGGCAAAGUGGGGAAACUGGAUUGGUUAUAUCCUCCUUCCCUUCUCCAUUGCAUUACGGGACGACGACCCCUUAGACUAUGUUCGUCAAGCAAAGGCCACCGUUGAUCGAAAGAAGCACUCCUUUGAAGCUUUAUACACUUUUUCCAUUUCCGAGUUCAUUCUCAAAACUCUUGGCAUUAAGCGGGCGAGUGCUCUAUCUCACAGAAUCAUCACUCACACGACAAUGUGCUUCUCCAAUCUAGUUGGACCCCUGGAAGAAAUUGGCUAUUAUGGUCAUCCCAUGGCUUAUCUAGCUCCAAGUUGUUAUGGUCAACCACAUGCAUUAAUGAUUAACUUCCAAAGUUACAUAAACAAGAUGACCAUUGUUCUGUCAGUUGAUGAAGGCACAAUUCCUCAUCCCCGAGAGCUAUGUGACGAUAUUGUCCAUUCUCUUGAGCUCAUCAAGAAUGCCGUCAUAGCGAAAGGGCUCGUCAAGGAAUCUCAUAACACAAAUGGGACCUGUUCUGAGAAUUCCAACUCAAUAAUUACUUGAGGAUCGAUCAAAUUUGUGUAAACUAGUACUAUAGUUGUUAUUGAUGCCCGACAUAUCUUUCACAAGUGUUUUUUUCCUCAUGAUUUCUUACUGUUACAGCAUGAUUAUUAAUUAUAUAUGGUUGUGGCAUGUAUCCUAUGAAUUCUGAAUAAGAUGAA